AUGCCCACAGCGGCGGUAUUGAUGAAGAAGCGUCGAACGCGCGAAUUUAGAGGAGAUGAGGACAUCUUUAGGAGCGUGCCUCGUAAUGAAGGUGGCGCCUUGGCGGGAGGUCCGCCAGGUGCAGCCAUGGGCGGUCCGCCGAUGAUUGGCGACUCUCCUUAUUCUGGUUACGCGCCCAAUUUGAGUGAGCUGGAGCGGGAGUUCCCGGAGCAGUCUCGACCCUUCUUGAUUUCUAUAUUGGAGACGACCCAGAACGACUUGGCUGAGGCUCGGACGAUCGUCGCAAACAUUACUACGACGGCACAUGGCCAGAGCCGCAGCGCCCCAAGGCACAAGCGCACGAGAAUGGAUGAGGAAGCAGAGAGCCAUCCUUCUGACUUUGCUUCCCGCACGUCGGACGAUACGGCCGUAGUCACAGGUCGCAACAUGGUCGCAACCGCAGGUUCCAGCAUGGCCGCAGCGGCAGGUCCCAACAUGGCAGCAGCGGCAGGUCCCAAGGAGCAGUUGUUGGAAGAUACAUUGAACGGAUUUGUAGAAUUACUGAAGGAUUCCGCGUCUAUUGAGGACGCACGGACGCGAUUGCGGCCUGUCCUUCGAGAGUGGGUUGGCAGGACGCGGUUGGCUGAAACGUUGCGUAAGGCGGUGAUAAGUCAAGCGUCUACGAUCAUGAGUUGUCGACAGAAGGCGCAAUUGGACCAGCAGCGUGCCCAACAGGAGCAGGCGCAAUUGCACGCACAAGUGCGAGAUUACCGACUUAAGCUGGAAGAGGCGGAACGCGGUCUUCAUCGAUUGCGUGAGACAAAUGCCCUCCUUUCCAGAGUCGUACGCAAUAGCCUCAACCGCAGAGACGACCAAGAUGACGACCCUUUCGGUCCCUUCGAAUCGUGCUUCCAACCUGACGACGACCGGGGCUGCGCACGCUGA